AUGCCCGCCGGCGUUCCGGCCCACCGAGCCCUUGAGAGGACGCCCACCUUCGCGCUGUGCCCCGCCGUCCCUCCGGGGCCACCAAGGCCGCUCCCUGAGAGCCUCCACCGCCGCCGCUGCCGCAUCUGGUUCGUGUGCGACCCUCUGGGCAUUGUGUGCGCCGCUGGCACCUGGGUGCUGGUGCUGGGCGCGGCGGGCGUGAUGUUGUCCCAGCGGCUUAUCCCGUCCAAGGACCUGGUCUACACCGCGGCCAACGGCGCACUCUUCCACCUGCUGGCCUUCCUGGGGCUGGUGUCGCACGCACGCACAGUGCUCACCGACCCGGGCUCCGUGCCCCUGGGCUCCACGGCCCAGCCCGGCGCGCCCAGAUGUCAGCGCUGCGGCAGUGCCCGGCCUGCGCGCGCCCACCACUGCAGCGUGUGUGGGCGCUGCAUCCGCAAGAUGGACCACCACUGUCCCUGGGUCAACAACUGCGUGGGCGAGGACAACCAGAAGUACUUCGUUCUGUUCACGCUCUACAUCGCGCUGGCCUCGCUGCACGUUCUGUUGCUGCUUGGCGUCCCUGUCCUGCGAGGCUACCUGCACGGUGAAUGGGACACCAACAGCAUCAUUUCACCCGGCGGCUCCGUCGUCUUCCUUUUCUUGGUGAGUCUGAAGGGCUUCAUCUUCACCUCCGUCAUGUUCGGGACCCAGAUGCAUGCCAUCUGCAAGGACCAAACCAGAAUCGAGUUUCUGCAGAGGGAGCGGGCCAGGUGGGGCAAAGGCACCAGGUGGAUGAACUUGAAGGCCGUCUUCGGGCACCGAGUCUCCAUGGCCUGGAUCAACCCCUUCGUCUCGCAGGAGCCUCAGAAAUUGGAUGAGUACCACGAGGUGGUCUGA